CAUAGUUGUAAAAGCUAUAAACGGUUAUGCAAGGGGCUUCAGAUUAUUACCCCUUUCAUAGUUAAUUUCAAACCAACAACAGAGAAAUUCAAACAACGGCAGAAUAAUUUAGACUAGUCAUUGGCACAUCAUGUCCUGACUUACAUUUGUUUCAUUUCCCCCCCCUUCUGAUUGGUCCAUGUAAGUAUCAGCUGAUUAUAGAAGGUUCCUCAGAAUUAUAUAUGCCAGGUCUCCACCCUUUCCAAACAUACGUUUCUUCCAUAGUCCUCUGUUCCGACAUGUAGGAACGGCAAAUUAAAUAUUGCACUUACAUUUUUUCUCAUCUCAACUCAUAUUUAUCAGUUUCAAACUUUAUAAAUGCUUAUUUGAGGUGCUUUGGGACUUUUAAUGAUUUUUUUGUUUAUUUUGUUAAUUGCAUUUACAUUUUUUGGGGGGUAUUUAUCAGCAACUACAUUGUGCCAUUAUGGAACCAGUUUGGCCGCUGCAUCGACCGCUGAUGGUUCUCCUCCGGCAAAAUCUCUGGCUCCUACCAAGCCUCAACAUUUUGAUGAUCUCUCACCUGUUUCAAACAGGUGGGUGCGAGCUGAGUUUCGGCACAAGAGCUCUGGAGGAGGUGGAACAUAUGAUGGGUCCACAGUCUGAUCUGAGGACAGAGGGAGUAAGAGAUGUUGGAGAAUCGCUCUUGUCUGAAUGUGUGAUUCUGGGAAACAGCCAGCUUCUGGCCCUUCGCUCAGAGGGCGAUGUGAUCAUUGGUGGGUUGUUCCCUGUGCAUUACCUUGUCCCCAACUCCCAGAACACCUACAAUAGCAAACCCCAGAACCUACCUUGCAAUGGUUUUGACGACAGAGCCUUCCGGUGGAUGAUGACUAUGAUCUUUGCAGUGGAGGAAAUUAACCGUAACCCAGCUCUGCUCCCUGGCGUCACACUUGGCUACCACAUCAUGGACAGCUGUGAUCACAUCCACACCAGCCUCAAAGCUCUUUUGUCUUUACUCACUCACAGUACGAAUGGGCAAAACACAUUGGGUGAAGAUAGGAAAAAUGUGAAUAAUUUAGUAGAGAAAAUGAGGAACAUGAAAAAGAUGUCGAGGACGAUAGCUAAUGGAGGUAAUAAAGAAUGGGAAAACCUUUACUUCCCUGAUGAUGACAGAAUGUCUAUGAGGGGAAAUGUAACAAUAACAAAAAGCACCACAGAUUCAGGAACGUGUCUUAAUGGAUCUCCAAUCACGGCUGUGAUUGGCCUUGCCUCUUCAUCCCCUACUGGUGCUAUAGCACACAUUCUGGGCCCCUUCAGCAUCCCCCUGGUUAGUUAUUUUGCCACCUGUGCCUGUCUCACAGACAAACAUACCUACCCAUCUUUCUUGCGCACAGUGCCCAGUGAUCUGUUUCAGGUCAGGGGUCUGGUUGAGCUUGUUAAAUUCUUUGGAUGGAACUGGGUGGGCACUGUAGGGACCCCGGUGAGAUUAAUUGUAAAGAUUGUUACAACUAUUAACUCCAACCCAACUAACCCAACAUUCAACAUUCAUGCUGACACUACCUGGGUGUUUCUGAUUCAUCAGGAUGACUACAGUCGUUAUGGAAUCCAAGCGUUCUCUCAUCAGUUUAGACAACUGGGAGGCUGCCUUGCAUACCAUCUUACUAUCCCACAAUCCCCCACCUUUGUUGAGAUUGGAGCCAUGGCCGACACCCUCCAGAGCUCAAAGGCUAAAGUGGUGGUGGCCUUCGCUACAGAGGGGCAACUUCUGGAGCUGUUCUCAGAGGUGAGUCAUCCUGCCCAUGACCCAAGUGAACACAAGAGUGUAAUGAUUGGAGCCCAGCAGACAAAGGAUGCCAUAUUCUACAUAAUAUACUACUGUGUUCCCUUUCCAACCCACCAGCUUGUGGCCAGGAAUGUGACUGGAAUCCAAUGGGUAGCCAGUGAAGCCUGGGUUACCGCUAACAUGCUAACUGCCCCCCAGUUUCACCUCCUCCUGCAAGGCACACUGGGCUUCUCCUUCCCAGGAGUUUACAUACCUGGUCUGAGAGAGUUUUUGUUGAAGGUGCGGCCUAAGGCAGAGCCUGGUUUUGAGUUUCACAACAUGCUAUGGGAGGAAGUGUUCGACUGUAGGUUGGAGUUCACGGCAGAUCCUUCCAAUAUAAAUGCCAACGACUUUGAAAGAGUAAUCGAGCAAUAUGAUCAACAUGAGUCCAAGCUGAACACACAUCUUAAAACAUAUGAGGGGGAAAAGAGGACUUUCCUGUUUUCAGCCCAGGAAAACACUACAGGUGCACCUGAGAGGCCUGUGUGCACAGGCUCAGAGGAUCUCAGCAAUGUGCACAACAGUUACACAGAGCUGUCCAAAGUCAGAAUAUCCUAUAACGUUUACAAGGCUGUGUAUGCCAUCGCCCAUGCACUGCACAAUUUACUGGAAUGUGGUUCUGUUGGAGCCACCACCGCUGAAGCUGGGUGUAAGAAAAAUGCAUCAAAACCAAUAGAGCUAUUGGGCUACCUGAAGAUGGUUAAUUUCACCAACCAGUUUGGUGAAAAAGUACAUUUUGAUGACAAUGGAGAGCCUGUGCCCCUAUAUGACAUUAUCAACUGGCAAAAGGACAGCAAGGGAAAGAUUAGAUUUGUUAAGGUGGGAAGCUAUGAUGGUUCGGUUCCAAUGGAUCAGCAGCUGCAGCUGAAUCAGAGUAAAAUUGUAUGGACAGGAGGCCUAUCACAGGUUCCCGUGUCUCUUUGCAGUGAUCCCUGCCCGCCUGGAAGCAGGCAGGCUAGACGCCCAGGAGAACCUCAGUGUUGCUUUGACUGCUUACCAUGUGCAGAAGGAGAGAUAAGCAACCAAACUGAUUCUACAGAGUGUACAAAAUGUCCAGAGUACUACUGGUCUGACAAGAGGAAGGUGGAGUGUGUGGCCGGAGUGGACGACUUCCUGUCCGUGUACGACACCAUGGGCAUCAUCCUGAUCACGCUCACCCUGCUGGGGGUCGUCAUGACAACCGUCAUCACUACUGUCUUCCAUCACUUCCGUGCCACGCCCAUCGUCAGGGCUAACAACUCUGAGAUCAGCUUCCUGUUGCUGGUGUCACUAAAGCUGUGUUUCCUCUGCUCCCUGGCCUUCAUCGGCAAGCCGUCCACAUGGACGUGUAGACUGCGCCAGGCCGCUUUCGGUGUCAGUUUUGUUUUAUGUCUCUCCUGUCUGUUGGUCAAGACUAUUGUGGUUCUGCUGGCCUUCCGAUCCACUGGGCCAGGUUCUGGAGCUAUGAAGCUCUUUGGCCCCGCCCAACAAAGGACUCUCAUCCUGUGCACUACUGCACCUCAGGUUUGUCUCUGUGCUGGUUGGCUCUCAGCAGCACCCCCAUUCCCAUUCAGGAAUCCAACGUACCAAGCCUCAACUGGGAAGAUCGUGGUGGAGUGCAGGGAGCUGUGGCCCGCUGGGUUCUACCUGGUGCUGGGCUACAUCGGCCUGCUGGCGUCCCUCUGCCUGCUCCUCGCCUACCUUGGCCGCAAGCUGCCCGACACCUUCAACGAGGCCAAACUCAUCACCUUCAGCAUGAUCAUCUUCUGUGCUGUGUGGCUCUCGUUCAUCCCGGCUCACGUCAGCUCCCCAGGGAAAUUCACUGUGGCCGUGGAGAUAUUUGCCAUCUUGGCCUCCAGUUUUGGGUUGUUGUUAUGUAUAUUUGUGCCUAAAUGUUUUAUUAUUUUAGCGCAACCUGAGAAGAAUAUCAAGAAGCGAAUGAUUAAAUCUCCCAGAUAAAACAAACUUGUUUAAUUAUUCAGAAGUUAGUUUUAAUUUACUGCAAUAUCAACUAAAUAAUCAUGAAUGAUCAUCGUGAGAGGGCUAGCCAUAUUUUUUAAGUAAUCAUUUUAAUCCUGUCUGUAUAGCAAUACAGCAGUUUGUUUCUCUGAGAGCUGCUGUUGCUUAGGUUUAUUUGAAUCUGCACAAACUGCACAGUGAAAGUAUUUCAAUAAUGAAAAUGUUUUCUUUCACAAUUCUUUGGGAUAUAACUUGAAUCAAAUGUUACAUCAUAUCUAUAUCAUAAUGUUUAAUUCUGCCGAGAUUAAAGAAUCCUUUCUAUCAAUGUGUCAGCUCAAUGUGUAGCGUUCAUGAUAAAGUAGAAUUUAGUAGAAGAUGUUUCAUGAGGGCGUAUUAAAGCAUUUGUCAGCUGAGAUGCACACCUCCACUUUUGGGGAGGAACACAGACAGAUAAAACUAUCCACAUGUUACGUAAGUGUAGCUCGUAGCUUAAAGAUAUAC